AAAAUUUUCAUAUAAUCAACAGUUAGUGGUAUUUAAAUAUGAUUUUUAUAAAUUUGCAAUCACCGAGGUGCUCGAUAUACUUUUUCUUGAGCAAUAAAUUUAUCGAAGCAAUUUUUUUUGCUGACGAUGAAUAAUGAGAUUAAUACCUUUCAUUACCAGUUUAAAUUUAAACUUGCAAGUAAAAGUAGUCUUAUCAAUCACUCAUAAGAGUAACAAUGGUAUUAAUUAUAAAUAUUACUUUUAUUCUCGCAAGUUUUUAUAUUUCUCGUUCUGUGGGUUGGAACUUUUCAAAAGUUAAUUUGCCGAAUGAUGUUUUCAUUUCACGAUUUGCUAUUUGGAAGAACCGAGUGUUCUUGGCUGCUCCAAGAUGGUCAAAAUGGUCAAACAACUCGGUGACACUCCUAGAAGCGCCUUGGAUCGACCCAGAAGUAUUAUCGCUCAUGAAUAUUCCAUCUCCACCAGCGACAGCGUAUUUGAGUCCGGAACUGCAAUCUUUAGGCAAAGAUUGCACAAACUUGCUAUCAGUUACAGCAUUAGACAUAGAUAAUCGUGGACGCCUGUGGGUAUUGGACUCCCCCGAAGACAUGAAUUGCCCUGCAAAAAUAAUUAUCUACAACUUGCAUCACAAUGAAGAAAUAUCCCGCGAAAAUCUCUUAGGCGUACCUCGAAAAAAUCUCAAGUGUUUGACGGUAGACCCAGUGAUUGGUCUAUGGGGACAUCGAGGUUACAUUGGAGAUCCUGGCGAUGAAUCAAUUAUUAUUUUCGAUACCGGUCUCACAGGACAGCGGAAGUGGUGGAAACUCCAUUUGAAGCAUGGACCAACAGUUCCACGUGUUUAUACAAACGAUUUAACAAUAUCGAGAAAAAAUAAACGCCUUUACAUAACAGGAACAAAUUCCCUUGAUCUUUUUUCGAUCGAUCUCGAUAAAUUGCGCCAUAGAGAUCGAUUAUCGGUCGAAUACUCGGACAUAUUGUGGCACGGGAUAAAAUUAGGCACUUCAACCGGGCUGCUUUGUGAUUCCAAGGACGGGGUACAGUACUUCCUUGUAUCUGAACACGCGAGCGUACGCUGGGAUACUAAAUACAAUUUGAAAGCGGAGAACCAUUUAAUUCUUCUACAGAGCGAACACGUACUCAGCAUAACUGAUUAUCGAAUGGAUUCAUCGAAAAAUGUAUGGGCUAUUAUUAAUCCUUUGUGGUAUGAUAAUCGCUGCGUUGAUACAACGAAUAAGUGGAACGCGACGAAUAGAAUUAUUAAAAUUCCAGGGUUUGAUUCGUUCUAUUAGAUUGUGAUUUAACAGUUAAGUUAUAAUUUUAUGGAUGUUUUUUUGGAGUUUAUAAAAAUUAAAUUAUGUAUAUUAUUAAGAG